AAAGAGCGAUUGAAUGUUUUGAAACCAUGGAUAAAACACAGCAGUGAAUUCUCUGUGGCUUCCACACCCACAGCUGGAAUGCAGAUCGCCGGGUUUGCUGCAGAACUGAGCUCACAAGUUCUUUGUGUUCAACACUGAAUCUAAUCAUGGAGAAGUGGCAGAAGGUUUUUGAGCAGGCCAGUGUCACGUUGGCUGUCUCUGGAUGGAUCUGUACCAUUUUAACCAGGACCCUGUCUGUGUGGCUUGUGACCGGAGCCGUCGAUAAUACAACAGACACUCUGUCAUUGUACUGGGAUGGAAUAUGGUUGAACUGGCAGGAACCGAGGGUAGGAGAUUUGCAUUGCCACUUCUAUCAGUCUCUUUUGUCCCUGUCUGGGCGCUUUAACUCCUGGAAAAUAUCUCUUAAUGUUUUGAUUGGACUCGGAGUCAUUCCCAUAGUGCUGUACAUAGUGGCCUUGACCGUGUUCGCUCGGAACGUGCGAUUCAAGGCAGCAGCUGGAUUUGUUUUCGUUUUAUCCGGGAUUCUGAUGCUGGUGAUUAUGAGCUGGAUCACUCAUGCAACAAACAGUGAUUUGGACACAUCUAUUCCUUUGAAAAGGGAAUGGGGGGCAUCUUUAUAUUCCGGCUGGAUCGGUAUGGUGUUGUAUCUGAUUGGAGGAGGAGUGCUGAGUACUUGGUGGUUUAAAUCAGCUCCAGAGCCACAGGAACAAAUAAGAACGACACAAGCAGCGGCGAUGCCAGAAGCAGAGGAUCCUCUCUUUGCUAGGCAUCAAGCUGCGUUUAUUCCCAGUCCUUACAGACAAACCACAAGGCCUAUUUAAAAAGACAGAGCUCGAACUCUCGCCUAAACUCACUCUGCACUACUGAGGUCAUUUUGUACAUUUGAGACUUUUCACAACAACCAACUUAGAGCACUUUAAGUCUCAAACUUUCAAGCCUUAUGUUUCAUUAUUCACAGUAACAGUGUUCUGUGACGUCUGUUCAAACUGCUGUUCCCGAAUAUACAAUUUGACAUUGUUAAUUUUAUAAUUUAUUAAAUUGCAAUAAUUAUAUAUAAUAAUUCAAAUAAUUAAUUUAUUAUUUACAACCUCAUCGAUGCAGGCCUCACAGUAGGGAACAUGAAAAAUAAUUUACCUUCAUUUUUAUUAGCACUUUCUUGUACAUUGUUAUCCUGCUUUCAGAUAAAGUUUGUUGUAAGUCAGGAAUAUGGCACACAUUUGAGACUAUACAGGGUGCAGGGAAAGAGCAGGUUGUAAAUAUUUAUAUCUCCGGUGAUGAAUUUUGCACACGUCCUUUGAAAUGAAAGCUAAGCUAUGUUAGAACUGGGGGGCGGGGCUAAUUUCCGGGCAAUAAAAUGAUAAAAAUAUAAUUUGGAAAUUUGCAUUAGAAUUUUUUUUUAAAUUCUGUUGGAUGUUGAGUGUGAUACAAAUAAUACAAAGAAAUGUAAAUAUUAAAACCUGCACCUUUACGGUAAGAUUCCGGAGAAAGAUCUGACAUGGGGAGGAAUAUUUCCUAUGCUUCACUUUGUGUGUUUUCUUCUAUUUGUUUUAAUAAAUCUGUCUGUUGCCUGUC